AUGGCUGCUCGAAGACUGCGUCUGCCGACCUCCGAGGAUGCCAACCAGAUUCGACAACUGCGAAUCUGCAGUUUGAGCGAUAUCAAAAAAGCGAAGAGAGAUAUGGAAAAUGCUGCCACGACCCUGCGAGAACUUUUGUCUCAAAACGCUGCAGUCCAUCGCCACGAGGCUCAGCUUCCAACCGUGCAGCGGAUCUGGGCCGGCCUUGUGGCCAUCAUGUGCUGUCUGUUCGCCUUAGUCGGCCUUCGCCCUAUCGUAACCUCAGCCACAGAGAAUCAUCCGCUUGUGGCCGAAGUUGAACGACUUUCUCUCUUGAAAAGCGAUGCUACCAAGAGAGUCAGACGCGCAGAGGCCCAUUUGCGCGCACUUGACCGACUGGUGGAGGCCAAGGAGAAGAAGCUUGCUCAAGACGGUCUUGAUGAGCUGAGACAGUGGGAGAUGGUUGAUGAUGAAGAUGACAACUGGCUCUAUUUGUGA